GUAGCCGCGCCCUCUGUGUCACAUGACCGGAAGCGAUGGAGGCGGCCAAGAUGGCGUCUCCCAAGAGCGCCCCUAAAGACGCGCAGGUGAUGGCGCAGAUCCUCAAGGACAUGGGCAUCACCGAGUACGAGCCGCGCGUCAUCAACCAGAUGCUGGAGUUCGCCUACAGAUACGUCACCACCAUCCUGGAGGACGCCAAGAUCUACUCGAGCCACGCCAAGAAGUCGAGCGUGGACGCGGACGAUGUGCGGCUGGCGAUCCAGUGCCGCACCGACCAGUCCUUCACAUCGCCCCCGCCCCGGGACUUCCUGCUGGACAUCGCCCGCCAGAAGAACCAGACGCCGCUGCCGCUGAUCAAGCCGUACUCGGGCCCGCGGCUGCCGCCCGACAGGUACUGCCUGACUGCCCCCAACUACCGCCUGAAGUCCCUGCAGAAGAAGGUCUCCUCCACAGCAGGCAGGAUCACAGUCCCUCGCCUGAGCGUGGGCGCCGUGAGCAGCAGGCCCAGCACUCCCACUUUGGGUACCCCCUCAGCCCAGACCGUGUCAGUGUCAGCCAAGGUGGGAGCGCCGGUGUCGCUGGCGGGGCAGCGCUUCACCGUCCAGAUCCCAUCCUCACAGCCUGCUGGGAAAUCAGCCACUCCCACCACUCCCACGGUGCAGAACGUCCUGAUCAACCCCUCCCUGAUCGGCCCCAAGAACAUCCUGAUCACCACCAACAUGGUCCCGCCCGGCGCCGCCGAGCCCAGCCCGCUCAAGAGGAAACACGAGGACGACGAUGACUACGACGCCUUGUGAGGGCCCAGAGCCCUCCUGUGGGGUUGAGGGAGCCUUUCCAUGGGAUUCAGGGAGCCAUUUCUGUGGGAUUUACAGAGCUCUUCCCAUGGGAUUUACAGAGCCCUCCUGUGGGAUUGAGGGAGCCUUUCCCAUGGGAUUGAGGGAGCCAUUUCUGUGGGAUUUACAGAGCUCUUCCCAUGGGAUUUACAGAGCCCUUCUGUGGGAUUGAGGGAGCCUUUCCCAUGGGAUUGAGGGAGCCAUUUCUAUGAGAUUUACAGAGCUCUUCCCAUGGGAUCCAUGGAGCCCUUCCGUGGGAUUUACAGAGUCCUUCCAUGGGAUUUAUGGGAACCCUUCCCAUGGGAUUGAGGGAGCCAUUUCUAUGAGAUUUACAGAGCCCUCCCCAUGGGGUUUAUGGGAACCCUUCCCAUGGGAUCAAUGGAGCCCUUCCAUGGGAUUUACAGAGCCCUCCUGUGGGAUUUACAGAGCCCUUCCCAUAGGAUUUACAGUGCCCUUCCAUGGGAUUCAUGGAGCCUUUCCAUGGGAUUUAUGGAGCUCUUCCCAUGGGAUUUAUGGAGUUCUUCCUGUGGGAUUCAUGGGACCUCUUCUCAUGGGAUUUAUGGAGCCAUUCUCAUGGGAUUCAGGGAGCCCUUCCCCAUGGGAUUCAGGGAGUUCUUCCCAUGGGAAUUCUGCCUGUGUGAUUUAUGGGUGCUCUGCCUAUGGGAUUUAUGGAGCUCUUCCCAUGGGGGUUAUGGGAACUUUUCCCAUGGGAUUCGUUGAGUUUUUGCUAUGGGAUUUAUGGGAGUUCUGCCUGUGGGAUUUAUGGAGCACUUCCCAUGGAUUUCACAUGGACUCCAGAGGGUGGGAAUGGGUGGGAAGGCCUCAUUUGGGAAAUAAAGUGGAGAGUUUUUUUAACUGUACAUACUUAUGUAUUUCUAUAUAAACAGAACUAUAUGAUUCCCUCUCA